UCAAAGAAACAACCCAAAUUAAGGGUUUCCGAAUUACAUUCCUCACUACCAUCCUUGGCCCCUUUUCAAGGGGGAAAUAGGUCAAGGACAUUCUGAAGAAUGCAACUCGGCGACCUUUAACCAAAUGCCUACUACCCGAAGGUCUUUUUCAGACAGGAAAACAAACGCAAUCUACGAGAUCAUCAAGAGGACGUCAACACAAGACCACGACCUCCAGUCGAGGACGAAGACCUUGAAAGUUUGAUCCAGCCCGAUGAAGAGCGUAUUUCUGUGAAGAUUACCACAACUUUCGGGUAUACUAUCGAGACCGGUCGCCCUGGGAGGUGGACGGUGGAUGUUGAUAAAUUAAGGCUACCGCUGAAGCAUCCUCAGCAUCAUCCUUCGCUCUUUUUCUACUCGAAAAAAGGGGCAAUGAUGCACGCAGGGAUGCUACCGCGGUAGCUCCAAACCAAGCUAGUGAUCCACCUCUACUCCGUUAUACGACGCGUGGUCUUGACCACAUCCUCCGAUCCUGGGAAGACGACAAAACCUUCGACAAAGAGGAUAAACACAACCAAGAUAUUUUUAUCGAGGAUAAAGUUGAAAAUUCAUCUAGUAAGGGUGAAAAUUAUAGUAAAGGACCUGAUCAUAAAGAUCAUACAGAUCAUAGUCGUGAAGCCGCGAACAUUGCAAAAGAGCUUUCUUUCCUUAUCCUCGAGUCGCCCAACCUGUUCACCUC